AUGGAUGUUUCAUUUGACAAAAUUGAAAAAUAUAUAAAAAAUCCACGUCUACAUAAUUUUAUUCAAGGUUUAUCAACAAAAAUUAUAUAUAAUGAUACAAUAAAAAAAAAUUUAAAUAAAUCAAAAAUAUAUUUUAUUCAUAUUCCACGUACAGCAAGUGAUUCAUUACGAACACAUAUGAUAGGACAAACAGGAUUAAUCUAUGAUAAAAGUACUUAUCAUUGUGAACAAUUUCAAGACUGUUUAUUAUUGAAUAAUGAACGAUAUAAAAAAUUUCAAUCCUACUAUAUUAUCAAAGGAUUUUAUUCGUAUAAUGAUUUAGCUAAAUAUAAAAUUUUUGAUGAAAAAUCGAAUAUAUUCAUAACAAUAUUUCGUAAUCCAAUUGAACGAAUUUUAUCAUUAUAUGAUUAUUCUAAACACGGGUUUUUAUUUCGACGUCCUUUUUUAACAUUAAAACAAUUUUUAACAUCAGAUGAUCCGAUAAUACAAUCAUUUAUAAAUAAUAGUAUGACUUGGCAACUUGGUUAUCAUUUAUUAAUGAGUGAAAGACAGCAUUUUAUUGAACAACAAAAUAAUACCGAUAUAAUUUAUGAUUUAGCAAAAAAUCAUUUAAAAUUAUUUAAUUAUAUUGCUUUUUAUGAAAAUUUAAUGUAUGAUUAUAAUGAAUUAAAUUCGAAAAUAUUUUCAAAUUUAAAUCAAAAUCAUUCGAUGUUAGAUUUCUUAUUUAAUAUUGCAAGUUGGCUUGGAUUUUUUCGUAUGAGAGUAUUGAAAUAUAAUGCUCGAAUUAAAUAUAAUUUAGAAAUACAAAAUAUUUUAAAACAAUUAACUUUUUAUGAUAUGAAAUUAUAUAAUUUUGCUAAGAAUGAUAUUCGACAUUUGAAUUUUAUGACAUUUGAUAGUUAUUUUCAAGCAUCAUUUAUAGUUUUAUUUAUUUUAUUUUAUUUUAUUGGAUGUAUUUUUUUACUUUAUCGUUUACGAUUGAAAAUAUUACAGAAUUCUAAAAUAAAUUUACAUUAA